AUGAAGCGAGUUGGUGUUAUCGGCUAUGGCCACUUGGGCCAAUUUCUUGUGGCUGAGCUCAAUCGACUGGACGAGUUCGAAGUUAUUCGAAUAUGGAACAGAACUGCAGAUAAAAAUAAAGGCAUUCUACCGUUGGAUCAAAUUGUAGCAGAAAAUUUGAGCGAUAUCGAUCUGGUUGUUGAGGUGGCACAUCCUACGAUUAUAAGCGAAUAUGCAGAAGUCAUUCUGAAUAGUUGUGAUCUGUUCGCGCUUACCGUUACCAUGAUCAAGCAUCCAUCGUCAUUCAAACCUGAAUCGCCUCUCAAGGAGCUUAACGAGGAAGCCAAGUUGGAAACCGAAAAAGCAACAGUUUUAUAUGAAGGUUAUUCUCUACUAUGCACUAAAAACAGGAUAUUACUAGCAAAAAUCCGUGAUCUCGUAAAAUGCACAUGGCUGCGCUGA